ACUCUCUAACAAUACUGAAAUAUUGCAAUGAAGACAGUAGAAAUUUGGCUUGAUGAACAAGGGAAAUCAGUGGGAACAAAAAGGAUUAAAGAAAUGGCAAAGGUUUUCUGUGGAAGUGUGAAAAUCACAGUUUUCUUCUCUUACCCUGUGUCUUAUUUUUUCCCUCCCACUCCUCACCUUCAUGAGCCACAGCCACUUCUCCAAAUGGGGUGGAUGCAGUCCCUCUUCUCCCCAUUGAAGAAGCUCUGGUUUCGUAUGCACUCGGCGCAUCAGAAGAAGAGAAGGGGGAUAUACAUUUUGUAUGAGGAUGUGAAAUCCUGCCAAUGUGAAGACGUCCAUGUUCUAUGGUCAAUACUAGUGGAAUCACAGACACCUUCAUUGCCAUUAAAACAGUGAAGACACAGCCCAAAAUGAAGGAACAUAGCAGAGUACUAAACCAACAAAGAGACUUCUCUACUCUUGUACAUAUAUAAAUAUAUUUAUGAUGUUUUCUUACUCAAUGAAACAGUUUCUGGUUCCUUAAUUUUUCUCUCAAUUUUCUCUAAGAUUACACACUCAUUUUUUAGUACAAGAGAAUUCAAACACGAUAUGUACCAAAGUCUCAGUUUGUCUUUUAAUCACAAAACUAAAACUUCAUUAGUAAU